AGCCGAUGCAUUGAGAGAAUUAAUUACAUUUGCUAAAUCAAUCACAUUCUGAGCUCGCAAUUACAAACAAAAGAAAAAAGGAGCCGCAGAAGCGUAUGAAAGAAAAACGUGAGCGCUGCUGGGUGGUGAGAGCGUGCGAGAGAGCGCGACCAUGAAGGAGAAAAUAAUAUCGUGGCAAAAGCAAGCGGCGGUGAAAAAUUCGAAUCAAAACCAAAACCAACGCCGCCCAACGCAAAACGCAAACGGUUGUGCACGCGUCGUUGUUGUCGUACAGAAAAGAGAGUCCAAUAAUUUGAUUCAUGCGGGCGCCAAAUUAAUACGGCAAAGUAACUAACAUACAAGCGAAAUUCUUAAAACGCAGUUCAAAAGCGCUUCUUAGGAGUGUGUGAGUUUGUCUUUCCCUCUGUCCAGAGCUGAGAACAAAAUCAUAGAUUAUUUCACCUCUGCGCCGGCUGUGACUUCUCUUUUUAUAGUUUUUCCGAAUGUCACGCCACCUUAUCAAUGACGUGUGCACUUUGUCUAAUGAGACUCUUUAAGGAAUCUGCAAUCUGCAGCGCAUCUUCGACGAUGAGAUCAGGGACGGGCGACUGAACAAGGAGGUUUGGUACCCGAAUGCCAGCAGCGAUGCCAUCCUGGCGUACAAGCUGAUCGUGCAGACGGGCCAUGUGGACAAUCCGGUGGACAAGGAGCUGGUGAAGACGAAUCGGCUGGUCUUCAGCGAUGGCAUCAUCAAUCCGAAGGCCUUCUACAACUAUCUCUCUGCCUGGGCCACCAACGAUGUCUUCGCCUAUGGAGCCUCUCAGGGCAAACUCUAUCCGGAACCGCGUCAGUAUUAUCAUGCGCCCAACGAGUACGACCUGAAGAUACCCAAGAGCCUGCCCCUGGUCUACGCACAGAUGCCCUUCUAUCUGCACGGCCUGACGGACACCUCGCAGAUCAAGACCCUGAUCGGACACAUACGCGACCUGAGCGUUAAGUUCGAGGGCUUUGGUCUGCCCAACUAUCCCUCCGGCAUUCCAUUCAUCUUCUGGGAGCAGUACAUGACGUUACGCUCCUCGCUGGCCAUGAUCCUGGCGUGUGUCUUGCUGGCUGCCUUGGUGCUGGUCUCCCUGCUGCUGCUGUCCGUUUGGGCCGCCGUGCUGGUGAUCCUCAGCGUCUUGGCCUCGCUGGCCCAGAUCUUUGGGGCCAUGACCUUGCUGGGCAUCAAGCUAUCGGCCAUACCCGCUGUCAUACUCAUACUGAGCGUGGGCAUGAUGCUCUGCUUCAAUGUGCACAUCUCCCUGGGCUUUAUGACUUCGUUGGGCAAUCGUCAACGUCGCGUCCAUCUGGCCAUGCAGCUGUCAUUGGGUCCCCUGGUGCAUGGGAUGCUCACCUCUGGGGUGGCCGUUUUCAUGCUCUCCACGUCCCCCUUCGAGUUCGUCAUCCGCCACUUCUGCUUCCUGCUGAUCGUGGUCCUCUGCGUGGGGGCCUGCAACAGUCUGGUGGUCUUCCCCAUUCUGCUGAGCAUGCUGGGGCCAGAGGCGGAGCUUGUGCCCUUGGAGCAUCCCGAUAGGAUAUCCACGCCCUCGCCGCUGCCCGUGCGCAGCAGCAAGCGUUCGAACAAGUCGUUCAGUGGGAACGGCUCGCGUUCGUCGUCGCGCAACAACUGCCAGAAGGCGCACCACUACCACAAGGACGUCAACAUCAACGAUCCCUCGCUGACGACCAUUACGGAGGAGCCGCAGUCUUGGAAGUCCAGCAACUCCUCCAUCCAGAUGCACAACGACUGGAGUGCCCCCGCACCGCCGCCGGCACAGACAACGAAUAACUUCAACAACAGCAACUAUCAGCAUGGCGGGGGAUCGCGACCCGCCUCGUAUGGAGCACCACCACCCGCUUACCACAAGGCCGCACAGCAGCAGCAGCAGCAGUAUCCGCCGGAACUGCAGAGCAUCGUUGUCCAGCCGGAGGUGACGGUGGAGACGACGCACUCGGACAGCAACACCACCAAGGUGACGGCCACGGCCAACAUCAAGGUGGAGCUGGUCACGCCCGGGCGGGCGGUGCGCAGCUAUAACUUUACGAGUUAGCACUAGUUCCUGUAGCCAUUAGCCAGUAUCUUUAACUGUAACUCUAACUGUAUAUGUAUAAUCGAGAUAUCUAUAUAUAUAUUGUAUGUAUAUGUGUAUGCAUGUUAGUUAAUUUCCGCGAGUUAAGUGUUCCGUUAUAUGUAGCAGCUGCUAUGCCCCACAACCUCCUACCUCCUCUACCUAUCCGCCACCACUACCCCACUCUACCGUCUACCCUCUACCUUCUACCCUGAACCCCUACCCACUCCUCUGCCUAGCAGCUUUGUAUGUAUGUAUUUAGCUCUUAAGACAUUUCUUAUACAUAGAGAUACAUAUUUAUUAUAACACACACACACACAAGCACACACUGUACUUACACACACCAGCACAAUUGAAAGCGAGAUUCACGACACCCACACACACACACAAACAAACAAACUAGUAAUUUAUAGUCUAUAAUUUAGUUUAAAUAUGUACAUACAAAAAAGAACCACAAGGACUUGAACCAAAAUAGUAUCGCUUAUAUGGAAGCGAAUGAAACGAGAGAAAAGAAAGUACUAUUACUAAAUCGAGAAAUAACAAUUACAAACAGACACAAAAAAACAAAAACCACAAAAAAAGCCCUCCCCCGUAACAGUACUUACAACCAAAAUAAAAUGAAAAUAUAAAUACAUAAUUGAAAAACAAAAAAAAAACGAGAAAAACAAUUAAUGGCAACGAAUAAGAAUGGAAGAACUAUUCUAAA